AGAAAGCACCAUUUACCUCUUCUCUGAUGAGGCUUGCAGGAUAUGGCAAAUGAAUACCUACAUAGUAGCUAGCUGGCUAAAUGGUGAAAUGCCAAUGCGUUCAUUGAAGUGAGUGAGGCCUGAAGAAGCAUGAAUGGGGGGAAAUGAAGAAAAAAAUCUUUAAUUAGCUAAAUAAAUCGUGCAAUUCAAAAAACUCGAACGUAUUGAAGAACGGAGCCUGGACAGGUCAAAUCAACUGAGGUCCGAAAAUGCAGAGGAGAGUGACAAGCACAGCGAUCGAGAUGCUGGGCUGCGGUACCCUCGCUGGUCCUAGGCUGACGAAGCUUCUGCUGUCCUCUUUCAAGAAAUCAAUCAGCCAGCAAUUCUCAGUAAACUUCGGUAUGAACCAAAGAUUCCGGACCACGUCCUCAAUACAGGGAUAUUAUGAACUUGCCAGAGAGAGGUCUAAAGCUGUCGCCUCAUUUUACAACCAGUCUGCCAUAGAUGCGUCGGCGGAGAAGGGCUCUGUCAGACUGACACCAACCACCAUGCUGUAUGCUGGGAAGUCUGCUGAUGGACAUCAUAUCCUAAGCAGUGCCAAGUAUCUGCAGAAAGAGCUGCCCGUGCGCAUCGCCCACCGCAUAAAGGGCUUCCGCAGCCUGCCCUUCAUCAUUGGCUGCAACCCCACCAUCCUGCAAGUGCACGAGCUGUACAUCCGGGCCUACCACAUGCUGAGUGACUUCCCACCGAUCAAGGAUCGGGAGACUGAAGCUCAGUACAGCAAGCUAGUGCAGCAGCUCCUGGAUGAUCACAAGGAUGUGGUGACCAUGCUGGCCCAGGGUCUCCGGGAGAGUCGCAAGCACAUCCAGGAUGAAACCGUGAUUCGCAGCUUCCUGGACACCACCCUGACCUCACGCUUAGGGAUCCGAAUGCUGGCUACGCACCACCUUUCUCUGCAUGAGGAAAAUCCUGACUAUGUGGGAAUAAUCUGCAGACGCCUUUCCCCAAAAAAGAUCAUCGAGAAAUGGGUGGUUUUUGCCCGGCGUCUCUGUGAGCACCAGUACGGAAACUCCCCCCUGGUCCGGAUCAACGGCCACGUGGCGGCCCGCUUCCCCUUCAUUCCAAUGCCUCUGGACUACAUCCUGCCGGAGCUACUGAAGAACGCCAUGAGGGCCACCAUGGAGAGCCACCUGGAAACUCCCUACAAUGUGCCUGACGUGGUGGUAACCAUCGCCAACAAUGACACAGACUUUGUCAUUAGGAUCUCUGACCGGGGCGGAGGCAUCCCUCACAGGAUCCUGGAUAAAGUGAUGGACUACCACUUCAGCACUGCGGAGGAGAGCACCCAGGAUCCGCGCGUCAGCAACCUCUUUGACACCAUGACCAACAGCGGCCCGCAGUCAGGCCCUAUGCACGGGUUCGGCUUUGGCCUGCCCACCUCCCGGGCGUACGCGGAGUACCUCGGUGGCUCCCUCGCCAUCCAAUCCAUGCAGGGCAUCGGGACGGACGUCUAUCUGCGUCUGCGUCACAUAGACGGCAAGGGGGAGAGCUUCCGAAUCUGAGGGCCCCUGGUGGGCCAUCCUGCACAGGGGGGGUAGCGCCAUGCCCAGGCCGCCAGGCAGUGCUCUGGGGGGGCGAACAGCUGCCUGUCACGACUGGACAGGACUGUCAAAACGCCAUAAGCUUUUCAUUGGGGCACGGACUCCGUUAUAACUUCUGACUUGACACUGGGGUGACUGUUCCUGUUUAUGUUACCUAUGUGUAUAUACGUGCAUGUAUAUGUAUAAACAUGUCUGUCUCUCUGUGUUCUGCUGUGGUGUGGGAAUGGCGGUGUUCAGAGGCGGAGGGGCCACAUCUUAGCGUCAUUACACAACGCGGCCUCAGCCUUAAGGAGGUGCCUUCAGAAAGUCCUUCCUUCAGAAGCUCCUUGCGCUCUCUUGAAAAAUGCGGGUGACCCUUAAGAACGGCGAAGGCUGGGCAACUUUGCCCGCCGCUUGUAACACUGGUUUCCACUGAAGCGCUGAUGGAUAUCCUGCCAAUCUGAUCCGCGGAGGACAUGAGGUUUUAAGGAUUAGCCGUCCGGUUUUAUUACCCGGGGCAUUUAAGUGCGUUUGGAAAGCUCUGCUCGUGGGCCGUCCUUAAGUGCAGAGAGAUGUCUGACUGCAGUGCAGGGGCACGAUGUGAGAAACGUUGCAUUUAGAGCGAUUCGGCAAGCUCUCAAUCAGGGUUUACUGCUGGGGCGUCAGCAGUCUUUUUUACCAAAACACGCUAGGUGAAUUACAUUCAGCCAAACUCUUGCAGUAUCUGGUCUUGCAUUAACUCCUGCGUUAUCCCAGUGAGGUGUUACGUGUGUGGCUGUAGUUUUGGGUCUUUCCCAUGAGCGUUUAAGGCCUUUGACAAAACGAUCCAUACGUCUGAAACAACAGCAUAAAUACUGGUGUUAAAUAUAUUUGUGCUAAGGUGUUGCACUGUGUUUUUAUUUCAACCAGGUCUCUCAGCCAUCUUGAUAUUCUUAAUCAAGCGAUGCCUGUUAAUGUUAAUGCUGUGUCUAUGUUCCACACACUUUCAGUAUCACAGGAUGUACAGCAGAAUCAGGUGUCAUGUGAUGUAUGUGUUGUCAUAUCAUUUCUUUUCAGUGAUGGUCUGAACUGAAUUAAGCUAAGGAGAAACCCCCACAGGACUGAACUGAAAUUCAACAUGAAUUCAACCCUUUUGAUGGAAAUGUGCAUGAGCAGUUGUGUUAAAAUAUGUAAAUACAGGUUAUGUGCUAUAUGAGUAACUUGGGAUAAGAUUUGGGUAUCAUUGAAAUGUAACAUCCCACAAGCCAAUUUAAUGUGGCAUGAAUUCUGCCACUACAAUGACAUUUAUGAGUGGUAUUUUGUUAACUUUCCGCAUAUGUGUUAUUUUAUAAGCAAUUGUAUGUCUGUGUGUAUGUAGGUGCAUACAUAGCUGUGCCUUCUAUAUUUAUUCAUACCCAGAAUGUAUGGGAAUAAAGCAGAAUAUGAAUUUUCUCUGUAAUGCCAUGAAGAGUAGAGCUUAACAUCUUCAAGCCGAAGUAGCUGUCAAUUGCAUAUAUUUUCCUUUUGUUUGUUGCUCCUGUUUAAACAGGGGUGUGAAUAAAUAUUAAG